AUGGUUCUGAGUACUGGAUGUGUUAAAUGUCAAGCAACAGCUACAAGUUAUUCAUAUUUAUCAGUAACUGUAUGUGAUGAACAUACAUAUUUACCUGACGAAACCGAUAAAGAAAUAUUAGAAAUACGACAGAAUCUUAAACGCAAAACUAUUGACGAAUCUAUUCUAAUUGAUUGUAUAGUCGAAGAAGCAUUUCAUGCAAUUAAUAAUCAAUUCCAAUCCAAUGAUUUGCUUGUAAAUAUGCCAUCAAUUCAUACAAUUAAAAAUACUGUACAAAAACAACGUCGCAAGACUCGUCCACCACUUCCUAGAUAG